AUGCAAAGAUUACUGUACGAGAAGGCUGUUGGGCUUGGCGUGGUUGUGAAGCUAAAUACUCGAGUUGCGUCAAUAAGGCAAAGCGAAGCAGGUGGGCCUGAAGUCGUGUGCAAGGAUGACACAAUCAUUUCUGGUGAUCUGGUCGUGGGCGCCGACGGCCUUUGGUCUCGAUGUAGAGAGAGCUUGUUAGGAGCCACUGAUCAUCCGCUUCCAACAGGAGAUCUAGCAUACAGAAUAACCUUAACUUUAGACCAGAUCAAGGACGAAGACCUGAGGAAGUUUGUGUCAGAACCAACACUACAUUUCUGGAUCGGACCAGGGACACAUGCAGUCGGCUACAAUGAUCUGCCUCCUGAAGUCUCUCGAAGACCUGGCUCGACAGAAGAGAUGAGAGUGCUCUUCGAUGGGUGGGAUCCUCUUCUAACUCGAAUGCUUGGCUGUGUCGAGACAGUCGAUAAAUGGAAACUUAUGCAUCGAGCUGAACUUCCGUCCUGGACCAAUUCUGCGAAGAACUUUGUGCUCAUCGGUGAUAGCUGCCAUCCGAUGCUUCCAUAUCUCGCCCAGGGGGCUAAUUCAUCUAUCGAGGACGGAGCUGUUCUGGGCAAGGUACUGUCUUAUGUCAAGACACGACAGCAAUUACCGAAAGCAGUCGAGCUCUUUGAGAAGCUGAGAAAAUCCAGAGGCGAGAAGGUAGCGCGGGAGACUUUCCAUCAAAGGCACGACUUUCACAUGGAGGAUGGACCUGAGCAAGAGGAACGCGACAAGAUCUUUGCUUCACAACUCGGCAAGAACGAACCUGAAGUCAAGUUUCCAUCACGUUGGAACUGCCCUGAGGUUCAACCAUGGCUAUAUGGCUACGAUGCCGACAAGGAAGUCGAAGCCGCCAUGAAAGAGUGGCCAAUCUCUUCAUAA